CCUCGGCAGCGCUCAUCGCCGUUCAGAUUUACACUGUCCAAGACCCAUAUUCGUACGGCAAGAGCAAUCUAUGGCUUCUGACAAGCCCUCUCUCUCCACAACGCCGCUCUUAAUGUCACCCCGCACUCCGCCCCAUCCAGCACGCCACCGGCCUAAAUCGGUCCCGGCCACGUGGAAAAGUUCAGAAGACGUCGAACGCGCCGCCGCCGACCUUCUCGCCAACGCCCACAACAACAGAUGGGCGACUCUCCCCGCUCGCGCUCCGCGUCGCUCAGCUCGGACGGCUCGGCGCUGCCCACCUUCGAGGGCAUCGCGCCCCCGCGACCCCCGACGACUACAGCUGACGCCGAAACGCACCUCGCCGUGCCGGGCACGCCCGGCGUGCGUCUCAAAGUCGACGCUGGGCCCGGGUGCGGCGGCGUCGCGUGGCCUGCCGGCGAGGUCCUCACGGCGUACCUUGCGCACCGGCAUGCGCUGGCGCCCGAGCACUUGCGCGGGAAGACGGUGCUCGAGCUUGGCAGCGGGACGGGGCUCGUCGGCAUCGCGGCUGCGCUGCUCGAGCCGUCGGCGGACGUGUGGGUGACCGACCAGGCGGUGCUGCUCGACCUCAUGCAGGUUAAUGCCGAGCUCAAUGUGCCUGGUGGAAACUUGCACGUCGCCGAGCUCAAUUGGGGCGAGGAGAUCAGCGGCGUCCCGACCGACGUCGACGUCGUCCUCGCCGCCGACUGCGUGUACUUUGAGCCGGCGUUCCCUCUGCUCGUCAAGACGCUGUGCGACCUCGCUCCCGUCGGUAAGGACCUUGAGGUUUUGUUCUGCUGGAAGAAGCGGAGGAAGGCGGACAAGCGGUUCUUCAUGAUGCUGAAGAAGCACUUUGACUCGGAGCCGGUAGCGGACGACCCAGAGCGCGAGAGGUACAACCGCGAGGGCGUGACGCUCUUACGGCUCCGGCGGCGGCGAUAGUCUGUGCGGUGAUCACAUGGGCAUGGACGGGUUCGAUACAUGGCGAUGAGAUGAUGAUGAAGAAGAAAGCCUAAUUGGGCGGGCGGGAGGAGUGUACACUGGCUCGGAUCCGAGGAGGGACGAGGACAAGCGCUCGCAGUGUGACGAAAAAGUCAGCCGCGACCCGGUGGCGCUGGUAACAGCGCGGAAGUCACGGUGCGACCGGCGCGUGAGCGCGUGAGCGCGUGACUCGCUGUCACCUGCAAAGCCAUCUGCAUCUGUCCUCGCUUGAACACAACGAGUGGGAAUGUGGCAACGGACACAACACAUGAUGCGGCAUGGGCGGCGGCAGCUGACCUCGGAUUUGUGAGGACAGGGGCGGGAAUGUC